AUGGCAUCGCUCCCCAGGCCUUUGCCUGGCAUGCUUCUGCCCCGGAGCAUGUCCAAGAGACGGGCGAUCGCUGCAAUCAACUCCAGCGGACAAGCAGGUUUCCUUGUGCGGUGCGGCCGCCACAACAUCAUACUAAUUCCUUCCAGAGAGUCAUCAUCCACAUCAACUCGAUCACUACACUCCUCCUCUACACAGUCGUCACCAUCCAGCAACCUGACACUAUCAGGAGUACCAUCGCCGUCACUGCUCCCCAAUCAUCAGCAUCACCACCAACCACAAGGCGCCGGUAUGGGGCCACCAAAACCGGCGCCUCUCUCAGUCCUACCUCUGGUCACCGUGCUCAGGUCAUGGAUGACGGCCACGAUAUCCUCGUCGCCAUUCCUCUUACCUCCCUCACUGGCCAUCAUGUCCAUGCUGGCCCAUACAACCAACCCAGUUCUCAACCCUGACUCGAACCCACUGUUGCGAGCUCUGCUGAAGAAGACGUUUUAUGCCCAAUUCUGCGCCGGCGAGCAGCCUGCCGAGGUAGCCAGGACGAUCAAGGGCCUCAAAGACGUGGGGUUUGAAGGGGUGAUUUUGGGCUAUGCCAAAGAGGUCGUCGCCCCGCAUGGACAGGAGGGAACGGGUUCUUUGCCAAAGCAUGUUGCGGAAGAGACCAAGGUCGACAUGGAGGAGAUUGACAGCUGGGCUCAGGGGACGCUCAUGACCGUGCUACUGGCCAACAGGGGGGAUUAUGUGGCCCUCAAGUUUACCGGGGCGGGCGUGCUGGCAUUGCAGUGUCUACGGCAGGGGGCGGAUCCCUCACCACAGCUGAAAAAGGCGAUCGAGAGCAUAUGUGUAUUGGCCCAGUCAAGGGGUGUCAGGUUGCUAUUCGACGCUGAGCAAGCUGCCGUGCAGGGCGGAAUUGACAAGUGGACGGUGGAGUUUAUGGAGAGGUACAACAGAACCCAGCCGGUGGUGUAUGGGACAUAUCAGGCUUAUCUCAAGUCGACUCCCGAAACGUUGAGCCAACAUCUACAGGAAGCCAAGAAGAAGGGGUUCGUACUGGGCAUCAAACUGGUCAGAGGCGCGUACCUGGGGAGCGACCCAAGGCAGCUGAUGCACGACACUAAGGAGGACACAGACAAGGCAUACGACGGUAUUGCGGAGGCGCUGCUCAAAAGGGAUUGGCAAGUCGGGCCGUUGAAGGGAGAGGGUCAGUUUCCAGACGUGUCCAUGGUAGUGGCUACCCACAACAGAGAUUCCGUGGUCAGGGCAAAGAGAAUACUGCAGCACGAGAGCAAGACCAACGAUGUAGCAUUUGCGCAGCUGCAGGGGAUGGCGGAUGAGGUCAGUUGUGAGCUCGUUGCGUUUAACCAACAAGAAGCGACUGAGAAGCAGGAAAAGGCCAAGGCGUACAAGUACUUGGUGUGGGGUUCAACAGGAGAGUGCAUGAAGUACCUGCUGAGACGAGCGUACGAGAACAGAGAUGCGGUGCAGCGCACAGUUGGGUCGAGAGACGCCAUGAGGGCCGAGGUCUUGAGGAGGCUCAAGUCGUUGUUUGGAUUGGCCUGA